AUGGAAGUCGAUUCAGAGGGUGCGACCCUGGCCCCACCACCCGCUCCAGCCAGGGAAGUCAAGACUGGCUCUGAAUUGGGCCUACCUGUGGUCAAUGCCUCAGGUUCCGAGACACUUCGCGUCGGUCCUGAGGAGUCAGAUCGUGACGCUGCAAUCGAUCCUUUGUUGACCGGCGCUGCUCCCUCAUUAGCGAUGGACGUCGAUCCUCAGCGCGGUGCAGCAAGCAAUAAUGAGACGAGCGUCGAUCAAAAAAUCGCACCACCUUCGUCUGCGAAGCUUUCGGGAUCUGGGUCAGCGCUAGCGAUACAGACGAAGACGGUCCAUGAAGACUUGGUAGAAGAUGAUAGUGCCAUUCAGACACAGUCAUCGAUCCGUGACCAGCGAGAGGAAACCGCUGGAAGCCAAGUCGGCGGUACCACGAUCGUUUCUGAGCCUCAGCCUCAGUACCACGAUGGUAUCCUUUCUCGGCGGAAGUCGAUGCCGCCUUCGCCCCGAAAACCUAUAGAGUCACUACCGCCAGCACCGCCUGCGCUGAUCUCCUCAAAGCCCUCGCUUUUGCCGAGCAGCAGCCCCCACCAAUCUGGUCGCUCAAUGGCUGACGUCACGGCAGUCUCGCAUGCCAAUAGCUCAUUCGAGAGCACUGGCGCAUUCCAGCAACAGCAACCAGAUGGCCCUGCAGAUGAAGACGAUAUGGAUGAUGGAGACGAUGCGACUGUGGACGAUGAAGGUGGAGUGAUCCGGUGCGCUUUGACGCGACUUCGAUCUUUGUCCAAAGGGUCGAGACUGAUAAUCUAACACUCUCCCUAACAGGUGUAUCUGCGGCUACGACACAGACGACGGCUUCACUAUUCAGUGUGAGAGGUGUCUGGUAUGGCAGCAUUGUGCCUGUUUCGGCAUGUCCCAAGCAUCAGUGCCAGACGAGUAUCUGUGCGAGAUGUGCGACCCCCGUGAAGUCAACGUUGCCUUUGCUCAACAACAUCAACAGCGAAGGCGAGAAGUAG